CGAGCUCAUUCCAAACUCGAUAACGAAUCUCUACAAGUAACUACAACACUUUUGACCCAAAACCCAGAGUUUUAUACCAUCUGGAACUUUCGUCGAGAUAUUCUGGUUCAUAUGCACAAAGAAAUUGAACCUGAUCAAGUACAAACGGAUUGUGAAAUAGAACUUAGACUUACCGAGCAGCUUCUGCAAGGAGCUCCGAAAUCGUAUUGGGUAUGGAAUCAUCGACGUUGGACUCUUCAACACAUGCCGAAUCCAAGCUGGGAACGAGAAUUGAAAUUGCUCGACUACAUGUUGGAUCUGGAUGCUCGUAACUUUCAUGGGUGGGACUAUCGUCGAUAUGUUGUUGCCGAAAUCAAAACGAGGAAACCACAACAAGAAUUCGAGUAUACGCUUAACAAGAUUAAUCAAAACUUUUCAAACUAUUCCGCCUGGCAUUAUCGUAGCAAGUUGUUUCCAUGGAUUUUUAUUGAUCCAAAAUCUUGCAAUACUGCCAUAUCACAAGAUCUUGAGAUUGUACGUAAUGCCGUAUUUACUGAACCUGCGGACCAAUCUGCAUGGCUUUAUCAGCGCUGGCUUCUUGGAAAAGUAAGCACACAAAUGAUGCAGUCGAACUCUGUAUGGCAAGAAGAACUGAGUUUCAUUGAGCAACUGUCAGAAAUUGAGCCAGAUAGCAAAUGUAAGUAA